GGCGUGGAUUCCGUUUUCUUCACCUCCGCCUCACCCUCCUACCACCGACCCCUAUUCCCGUCCCCCGCACCGCAUCGCAGCCGUCCAUCUUGCAGGCGCGGACCCGAAACCCACCGCGGCGACAAAACCACGACCCCUCACGCGCAAAUGGGUCGCAACUCGCAACCCACGCGUCGCGCCCCGGCUCCGAUCUGCUAAGCCCCCGCCGGAUCGGGUUGCGGGUCCCUUCCCCACGGCCCCGGCCCACCACCGCUCGCCGCCGGCCGCCGCGGACGAGUGCGUGAUCAAUUACGCGAUAGCAUGCUUGAGCCAACAGCAAUGGAACUGCCUAUUGCCGGCUCAGUGAGCAAUGCAAUGGUGCCUGUGCCCGUGGUUCACAAUCCCCGGGCGCGCAAAUUGCGGUCUGCGGUUUGGCAGGACUUCACGAAGGAGCGACGUGCCGAUGGCAACUGCAUCGCUGUCUGUAACCACUGCAAGAAGCAGCUCACAGCAACUAGCCGGUCAGGCACCACUCACCUGCGCAACCACCUUGCAAUCUGCACCACCACCUCCACACGCCGUGCUGGUAAGCGCCGGAAGCUUGUUGUGCGCCGUAUUCUCCACAACAAAACUUCCACUGAUGGGCGGUCUGGUGAUGGCCACGCCUCGGGCGAGGACCCUGACAACGAGGGCACACACUUCGAUCAAGAACUCAGUCGCCGAGACCUUGUGCGCAUGAUUGUCCAGCAUGGCUACCGGUUUUCAAUAGUGGAUGAUGUGGGCUUCCAAAAGUUUGUCAAGAACCUCCAGCCUCAGUUUAGGAUGGUGUCGUAUGACACAGUGAGGGCUGAUAGCAUGGAAAUAUAUGAAGGUGAGAGGCUUAAGCUACAGGAUGCGCUCUUGAAGACCCCGUGCCGGGUUAGCAUCUCAGUUGAUAUGUGGCGAUCAAAUACACAGAUGGACUACUUGUGCUUGACCUGCCACUACAUUGACCAUGCCAAUGACGAGUGGAAAGUUUGGAAGAAAAUUCUCAACUUUGUGCAUACGGAGGCACCUUUUACAGCUGAUCAGAUUGCUAGUCUCAUUCUAGAGAAGUUGCACAAUUGGGGUAUUGACAGAAAGCUAGCUUCUGUUGUACUAGACAACUGCGAUGGUGGUGAAAUUGUGGUCAGAGAACUUCUCAGAGUUCUGCAGCCUAGGAGACUUCUAUUAAAUGGAGAUUUGUUCCACGUACGCUCUUGUGCGCAUAUUCUAAAUCUCACUGUCAAAGAAAGCUGGGAACAGGCAUCCGAUAUAUCUGAUAGAGUCCGCAAGAUGAUUAACUAUGUCAAGUUUGAAUGGUUCCAAAAGUUUCAGGAUAUUGUGAAGCUGCUGCAUAUGGAUCAAAAGCUGUUAGUUGUUGAUUCUCCUAAUAAUUGGCCAUCCACUUACUUAAUGUUUGAGUCUGCAUGCUACUAUCAUGAUGUGCUUGUGCGCCUGGCAGAACAGGAAGGGCACUAUGAUUCUUUUCUGGCUGCUAAUGACUGGGCUGAUGUGAAAGCCCUCACUGAAAUACUGGAUGUAGUCUAUCAUGCUAUGGAGAAGUUUCCGGUGGAAAACCCCACUGCAAACCUCUAUUUUAACGAGAUGUGUGAGAUCCAUGUUCUUUUGAGAACCUGGCGCAAUAGUCCAUCUCCUGUUGUUGCCAAAGUGGCUGGCCAAAUGCUUUCUAAAUUUGAGGGCUACUGGGAUCUUACUAGGCCUGUAAUGGCAUUUGCAUCUAUUCUUGAUCCUCGUUACAAGAUGAAGUCCGUGGAAUACUUUUUUAGGCUCAUUUAUGCUGAUGAGCAAUUUACAGCAAAGACAAUGAUAGAUGUCAUUCAGAAUACCUUUCAUAGUCUGUAUAGUGAUUACAAGCAUCAAUCAUCAGAUGCAUGGAAGAAUCCAUCUGUUCUCUGUUACUCUAGAAACAGUAGCUCUUGCAUGGGUUCUGUGUACAGCAAUGGAGAUGAUUCUAAGACCUUCUCUCGUAUCACAUUAUCUGAUGCUCGACGGGGACUCGAUCAGUAUAUACAGGAGACAUCAUCAGGCCAAUCCUUGAAGUCUGACUUGGAGAUGUAUCUCGAGGAAGCAGUCUAUCGUCAAAAAGAAGGAAAUCAGGAUAAUUUCGACAUCCUUGGAUGGUGGAAGUCCUUUGCUGCCAAGUAUCCUGUACUUUCUCAAAUGGCUUGUGAUAUUUUAGCUAUCCCUGUAUCUAUUGUCCCUCUGGACAGUGAAGCCCGUGUACUAAAUGAGUAUCUCAGUACUAUGGACCCUUCAACAGUUCAGGGAUUAGUGUGCGCACAAGAUUGGUUACGGGAGGACACCAAAGUUGCUGGUUCUGGUGGUCAUGCAGAUGACAAAGCACCGUGUGGUGACAAACUUAUUGUGGUGCAAAAAUAGGCUAGGCUUUUCUGAAAGAAGGCUUCUGGGAAGACCGAAGGCGUGAAAGCUACAUAAUUUAUGUCCAAGAACCAGCAGUUCUCUCCUGUAAAUGCAUCGUUCUAGUUCUAGAUGUUGAUUUGUACAUUGAAUUCCUAGAGUCACCUCCAAGAAGAAGGCUAACAUUAUCCAGCUGUCUACUACCAUUCAAAACAGUAUGCCUUGUAUUCAUGACUUAAUGUGUAUUAUGCUGCUCAGCUAAGCUAUUUGCAUGAGGUUUCACAAGAUCA